UACUUGAGAAGAAUCCUUCCAUUGCUGAAGCUACAAAUGGGGACGUCAAGGGAUCUUCUAAGGAUACUGAAGAAUCUAAGAAUUUGGAUGUGGGGAGUGAUGCCGAAUGGUCACAGAUAUAUCAAAUGCAUUUGAGAAUAGCUCCAUUUAGAAACAAGUCAAUAGAUAAGUGGCAGAGAAAGACUCAAGUGACAACUGGUGUAGCUGCCUUUAAAGGAAAUUUAAAAGCUUUUAAUCAGAAUAUUAGUGAACAAGUUGCUGAUUAUAUGAGGAACCCAAGUAAAAUGCUUAAGAGCAUGCAAUUACAUAGAUCAACAGUGGGUGUCUUGGGAUCUGUCUCUGAGGCAGAACCCAAUGUUAAGGAAAAGGAUGCAAGUGUGGAUGGAGACCCUGAGCUUUUGGAUGAUUCCGAAUUUUAUCAGCAACUCCUCAAGGAGUUCUUUGAGACUUUUGAUGUGAAAUCAUCUGAGACCGCCUUAUAUGCUUUGAAGAGAUUGCAAACCAAGAAGCGGAAGAUUGUAGACAGGCGUGCUUCUAAGAGCCGUAAGAUCAGGUAUCAUGUUCAUGAAAAGAUUGUCAACUUCAUGGCUCCUGAACCUAUGAAGCAGCCUCCAAUGGCACCAAAGUUGUUUGAGAACUUGUUUGGCCUGAAAAAUCAACAGCCUGCUUCUGUGGCGUAGUCUACUCUAGUCAGGGGAGGAUGAUGGCAAAACUUCAUCAUUUUAUGGGUGUUGAAAUUGUGUGAUACUAUUUGAAUUGAUUACAGAGCAUACUGGAGUCCCGGAGAAAGGCUGUCUGUUUUGCAGCAAAAGCUGGUACACUCGCAUGGCUGAUGGAGUAUGCUUCUGCCAAGUACAGAGAUACCAUCUACAGAGUAAAUGAUAAAUGAAAUGUUGUUUCCAGAUGUGAUCCGAGCCAUCAGUUGGUGCAGUGAACAAGUCAUUAACUUGGAUGAGCAAAGUCUACACGCUGCACCUCAAUCUCAUUCUUUGGAUAUGCAAUAGAGACUGUUGGUUUAUUCUAACAUGUGUCAUGUGGCUAGUGAAUUUCUUGGCUAUCCUUAUGCAUAGUCAUCUACUAGUGUAUUCUGAAUUAAUGUGGUAGCCAUUAAAAUUUUGGAACUUAUGACAAAAGUUAUGGAAAUGUAGAUGUUGUGGAAGUCUAGAGGUAAAAAUUAGAACUUAAUUUCA